AUGUUACUGCUGCAACCCAAUAGCUCCUUUAGUUCACUUUCGUCGUUCGACAAUUUCUCAACGCAAACCGCGACGACGACAACAGCGACGACGUCGGCAGUGACAGCAGUUGCUACAAGUGCCGCACAUCAUCAUCAUCAUCAUCAUCUGCAUCAUAAUCAUAAUAAUAAUCACCAUCAUCGCUCACAGCAACAACAGUUGCUUGUACAGCAACAGCAACAGCAGCAACAGCAGCAGCAGCAACAACAGCAACAGUUGCUGUUAUCUUCAGCCAGCCAGGAUACACUGCUGUCCCAUGAGGAGGAUCAGCUGAUCAGCAAUCUUGCCGACGCGGCCGUUAAUCACAGUGAACUCUUUUCGGAUCUAUUCUUUCCCUCGGACUCGAACAACUCAUUGUUGUCGCCAGCCUUGGAGCAAUCUGUGGCGAGUUAUCAGGACACGCAGGUGGAGUCGAGUGCCACAUUGAUUGGCAGCAGCGAGGAUAUCACCAGUUCCAUUGAGAAUCUCACCAAAUUGACUUGUCUGCGCGAAAAGCGAUUGUCCUCCAUACAGGAUCAACCAUUGACCACAAAUAGUCCUAGCUCGGAGCAGGAUCAUCACUCGUUGUGCCUGCUCAGUCUGCGUUCCAGUAGCGAUCCUGCCAUAGCACUACACGCCCAACAGCAGCAACAUCAGCAGCAGCAACAACAGCAGCAGCAACAACAGCAGCAGCAACAACAGCAGCAGCAGCAACAGUUGCAGGCUGCACAGCUGCAAUUGAUCUCACCAAUUGGCGGUCCGCUGUCCUGCGGCAGCAGCUUGCCCAGCUUCCAGGAAACCUACUCCCUCAAGUACAACAGCACCAGCGGCAGCAGUCCCAAGCAAGCUUCCUCUUCCUCGGCUGCUGCCACGCCCACAGAUCAGAUUCUCACACUCAAAAUGGAUGAGGACUGUUUCCCUUGACCACCGCAGGAAGUGAUUGCUGGUCUAAGUGCUGGUCCAACUUCGCUCCAUCAAUUGCAGUCGCAAGCGCAGCAAUUGCAGCAGCAGAAUAAUCCCAGCAGCAACAGCAAUGGCUACAAUUAUCAUGGACACUUUAAUGCCAUCAAUGGCACUUCCAAUCCCUCGCCCAGCUCAUCGGCCAGCUCGCUCUACGAAUACAAUGGUGUUAACCAGAAUGAAGGCUUCUAUGGACAGCAGCAACAACAGCAAGGAUUUCAUCAUAGUUACAACAACCACAAUGGCGAGCGUUAUUCCCUGCCCACCUUUCCCACCAUCUCCGAACUGGAAGCUGCCACAGCAGCAGCUGCCUCCGCCGCCACCUCCAGUUCCGGCUCGAUAGUUGUUGUGCCGCCCCUGCGUCGUGCCUCGCUGCCCGUCCAACGUUCUGUUUCACCCGCUGCAACCGCACACAGCCCGAAGCUGGCCAAGAUGACGCUGGGUUCACGACAUGCUCAUGCUCUCCAGGUACAGCUCAGCUCGGCGCCCAAUUCGGCGGCCAGUUCGCCGGCAAGCGGCGCUGGUGGGGAUCUAAUGCACUCACAAGCAGGAAGAUUGUUGCAGUCGGUGAGCUCCUCCUCAUCCUCCUGCGCCUCGCAGCUUUGUGCCGUGUGUGGCGACACCGCCGCCUGUCAGCACUAUGGAGUGCGCACCUGUGAGGGCUGCAAGGGAUUCUUCAAGCGCACCGUGCAGAAGGGCUCCAAGUAUGUGUGUCUGGCGGACAAGAGUUGCCCGGUGGACAAACGACGGCGCAAUCGCUGUCAGUUCUGUCGCUUCCAGAAGUGUCUGGUGGUCGGUAUGGUCAAGGAGGUGGUCCGAACCGAUUCAUUGAAGGGUCGUCGUGGCAGGCUGCCCUCCAAGCCAAAGUCACCACAGGAGUCGCCACCAUCGCCGCCCAUCUCCUUGAUAACAGCUCUGGUGCGUAGUCAUGUGGACACGACACCAGAUCCCUCUUGCCUGGACUACACACACUACGAGGAGCCGCUCGAUCAGCUUGCUUCUUCGGUAGGAGCAGGAGCAGGAACAGGAACAGGAGCAGGUUCAGGUGUACUGGGCAUGAGUGAGGCAGACAAGGUGCAACAGUUCUAUCAGCUGUUGACCAACUCGGUGGAUGUGAUCAAGCAGUUUGCCGAGAAGAUCCCAGGCUACUUGGAGCUGACACCCGAGGAUCAGGAGCUGCUCUUUCAGUCCGCCUCGCUGGAGCUCUUUGUGCUGAGGCUUUCCUAUCGUGCUCGCAGCGAUGACACCAAGAUGAUCUUCUGCAAUGGCACCGUCCUGCAUCGCAGUCAAUGUCAGCGAUCCUUUGGCGAGUGGCUCAACGGCAUCAUGGAGUUCAGUCGCAGUCUGCAAAACCUAGAGAUUGACAUAUCGGCCUUUGCCUGCCUCUGUGCGCUCACUCUCAUCACAGAGCGUCAUGGUUUGCGGGAGCCAAAGAAGGUGGAACAACUGCAAAUGAAAAUCAUUGGCAGCCUGCGAGAUCAUGUCACCUACAAUGCGGAGGCGCAGAAAAAGCAGCAUUACUUCAGUCGCCUGCUCGGAAAACUUCCUGAAUUGCGUUCCCUCAGCGUGCAGGGAUUGCAGCGCAUAUUCUAUCUGAAACUGGAGGAUCUAGUGCCGGCACCGUCACUCAUUGAGAAUAUGUUCGUCACCACAUUGCCGUUCUAGGCGCCAUAACAUUGCUUCCUUAGUAUCUAGCUCUUAAGUACAACUAGAUCUAAGAAAACCGAAGAAAUUGUGCAGAAAAAAUAAAGCAAAAGUCGAAGAUAA